AUGGCGGAAGUGAGCAGACGUCAGCAUGCCCGGGCAGCAGGAGCGGCCUCCCCGCGGCCCCCGGCUCUCAGUGAUGAGGGCAGAGCGGCCGAAACGAUGACCGUCGUCGCCAAGCUGCUGGCGGCUGCCUUUUACGGGCUCAGCUCCUUCCUUAUCGUCGUGGUGAAUAAGAGCGUCCUGACCAGCCGAGGGUUUCCCUCCUCACUAUGUGUUGGACUCGGCCAGAUGCUGGCUACGGUAGUCGUGCUGUGGGUGGGAAAGGCAGCGAGGGUGGUACAUUUCCCGGACUUCGACCGGCACAUACCUCGAAAGACUUUUCCACUACCUCUUCUGUACUUCGGGAAUCAAAUAACAGGACUGUUCAGCACGAAGAAGCUGAAUCUCCCCAUGUUCACCGUCCUCCGGCGCUUCUCGAUCUUGUUUACGAUGAUGGCCGAAGGCUUCCUGCUCAAGAAGAAAUUCUCCCGCGGGGUCCAAAUGACUGUAUUUUCUAUGAUAAUCGGCGCGUUUAUUGCAGCCAGCGCUGACCUGGCGUUUGAUCUGGAGGGUUACAUAUUUAUUUUGGUUAACGAUGUGUUAACGGCAGCUAACGGAGCCUACGUCAAGCAGAAACUGGACUCGAAGGAGUUGGGGAAAUACGGCCUCCUGUAUUAUAACGCCCUGUUCAUGAUCCUUCCGACUCUGGGCAUCGCGUAUCUCACAGGCGACAUCCACAAGGCCGUGGAGUACGACGGGUGGAAUGACUUUUUCUUCGUGGUGGAGUUCACCUUGUCCUGCGUCAUGGGUUUCGUGCUGAUGUAUUCUACGGUUCUCUGCACUCAGUAUAAUUCCGCGCUGACGACGACUAUCGUCGGCUGUAUAAAGAAUAUUUUAAUUACCUACAUCGGGAUGUUUUUUGGAGGAGAUUAUAUUUUCUCGUGGACAAAUUUCCUGGGCUUGAAUAUCAGUAUUGCCGGUAGUCUGGUGUAUUCGUACAUCACGUUUAGAGAAGAGCAUAUGGCCAAGCAGCCGGAAUCCAUCGCCAAACUGGACAUUAAAGGGAAAAGCGCCGUAUGACCGGAGCG